UUUUUAACUUCACAAGCUCGCUUCCCCAUUGUUCUGCCUUCGGGUUUUACACGGCUGUGGCCAGUUAACUUGGAAAGUGGGACCCUCGGUCACACCGAGCGGACUGCUUGACGAUAACUCGACAAUAGCCGGAUUCCGCCCUGUAGGUACUUGCUGGGAAGCACCGGCUCCUUUGAACGAGAUGAGAAGUCUGGAGGCGGGGGCUGUGUGAGGAGCUGAUACUAAAUUCUCACUAAACCCCACACAAGAGGUUCAGUGAAGCCUCUCGCACGCACCAAGCAAUAGCAACUGCUUCCUGUGUACCUGCACUCCCGGCUAUUUGCGGGCAGUCAGCCUUGUCACGUCAAACCACACCGAUGGCUAUAAAUAGUGCCCCCUUUUUCAUUCAUUUAAACAAAUCUUUGAGGAAACGAUAGGCCAGAUGCAUUUCAUCAAAGAUCAGAUAUAUCAAAGAGAUCUCUUCACGGGACGACGUGGCUCAGCGGUUUAAGAAACUGUAGACUUCAUGUGGUAGACAUUGUCCUUUUAAGGGUUAAACGCAGUCGUGGGAGUCUUUUCAUCAAUUGGCUCUCGGUAAUUCAUCAGAGAUUCAAAUGUCCUUUUUUUUUUCCGGCAACCCAGCCCCCGAAGUUGUGGGGGCUCCUCCUCUGAUGCUGACGGAAUAAUGAUAGGUGUCAAAUCCGCAUUUGAACUUGCAGCAAUUUAGAUUUGUGCUUCUUUUCUCCCCUCCGGUUGAGAACAGACACUGUGGGACACGGUUACACGCUGUAACAGGAGGGGUCUUUAAAGAGCCACCGGGAAACAGAGCCCGGGCUACAGUCAGUCGACUCUUGACUUCUCAACGACGGGAACUACUGCAAUAUUGGUCGUGGGACUAUAAAUCACGUUUUGUAAGGACUGCCUCAUGUGCUCGGCCUCUUGAGAGGUCAAAAUGAUAUUACAUUUAAUAGAUAUCCUGUGGAUAUGCACCUCGUUGAUGUUAGCUUCAUCGGUACACUCAACACAUGACAGCGAGAAGAUGAUGAAAAUUAAGAUUAAGAGGAGCUCUCACGUGAAAGGCAACCUUGCCAGUUUUGUGUCCCUACCUUGCCACUAUUCAAUGCUGGCCACACUUCCGCCCACCAAACAAUCCCUUCAGGAAUUCCCGCGCAUCAAGUGGACAAAAAUCGAGGAAGAAAGGGACGGAAAAGUCAAGAAGGAAACUUUAAUUCUGGUGGCACAUAACGGUGUGAUAAAAAUUGCUGCUGACUACGAUGGCAGAGUGGCAGUGCCCAAACAUCCCGAGAGCAUGAGCGAUGCGACUCUGACCAUCUGUCGUCUACGGGCCAGCGAUACUGGUCUUUACCGCUGUGAGGUAAUGAUCGGCAUUGAAGAUGAACAGGACACUGUCUCCUUGGACGUUACUGGUGUUGUAUUCCACUAUCGGGGAGCAUUCAGCAGGUAUUCACUCAACUUUGAAAUGGCCAAAGACGCAUGUCAGGACAACAGUGCCACCAUUGCAACUCCUGAACAGAUUCAGGCCUCGUAUGAAGAUGGGUUUGAUCAAUGUGAUGCUGGCUGGCUUUCUGAUCAAAGUGUCAGGUACCCAAUUACCAAACCUAGACCUGGGUGUUAUGCAGAUAAAAAGGGCCAACCUGGUGUCAGAACAUAUGGCAUACGAGACCCUUUUGAGACAUAUGAUGUUUACUGUUAUGUGGCAGACAUACGUGGGCAUGUGUUCCACGUAACAACACCGGGAAAGUUGACAUUUGCUCAAUCAAAAGUGGCGUGCCGGCGUAGAAAUGCCCAGUUGGCAACCACUGGUCAAUUGCACGCGGCGUGGAAGCAUGGUCUGGAUCGCUGUGACUAUGGUUGGCUAGCUGAUGGCAGUGUGCGCCAUCCAAUCGUCCACGCCCGGAGUCAGUGCGGAGGAGGCCUUGUUGGAGUAAGGACCAAGUAUCAAUAUGACAACAGAACUGGAUUUCCAGAUCCUACUGCAAAAUUUGACGCCUACUGCUUCAGAGGAAAACCUGCGAGGAAAUAUCCGCAAAUAAAUUGGGGCUCAAGGAUCGUCCACGAAAGGACAGCCAAUCUGACCAUCAAGAAGGUGGCGCCACCCGCUGCGUUCACUGAAGCUGAACAGGCUGGAGGAACAAGCACCACUCCGAGCCACAGUACGCAUCCAAGCAGUACAGCAAGGCCCAGAGGUGAAGCCACGGUACACAUAUCAAUGGGACAAAGUACAACUGCUGGGGUACCCACAGCCAUUGACAGUACUACUACUGCUGAAAAGGAAGGACAGCUUCAACCAAGAACAGUGUUCACAUUUGCAGGCAAAACGGAUAAUACAACAGAAGAAGAAAGUAAAUUGAAAUUACCUGUGGGUGGUAGCACCAUAAGAAUAGAAAGCUCAGAAAAAGACACUCAGACUGGUGGACAACAGAUCAUAGAUCACCCUACAAGCAGCACAAGACUGGCAGGUAGGGACAUGGAGGAAAUUACUACAGAACGUGCAAUAGUGACCACGAGGAUAUUGGAGGGCGAGGACCUUAAGCCAGUGUUACCAUCAUCGACCACUGGUAAGGUACAAAUAACUGAAGAAGUGCUCACCUCUAAUGUUUCAGUGUCUGAUCCGGAGGCUGAGGAGCAAGAGCUGGAGCGUGAAAAGGAUUCGGAGAAAAUAACAGCACCUGCUAUUGUUACGGUAGCUAGCAUUCACGAAUCAGCCUCGACAGAGCAGGAGAAAGUUCACACUGAAAGCACUGAGAAAACGAAAGUGAAAGAGGACGGGAAAUUCCUUCCAUCGCCAAUAGUACCAAUCUCAGGGGUAUCUGAAGCUGCUCUAACAGACUCGACCCCUAUGUUACCUCUGGACCAUACUUAUGGACUGAAGGAAAGGGUGAGUGGGAAGAUGGCAGUAUCGAUGGAUACAUUAAGCACCUCUGCACCAACCACUGAUGCUGAUACCAUCCCAUCUGUAGAGGAAGAUGCCAAGCAUAUUGAAAAUGUUACUUGGACAGAAAUUGGAAUUGAAACCAGCCCAUCCAAGACUGUAGAUGAUACUGAUGAUACAGUGUUACCCCCUAGAAGUAUAAGUGGAAUGACAAUUGAGCCAGAAUUCAUUGAAGUCAAACCAGCAACAUCGCCGUCCACUAUCGCAACAGUAAAGCCCACAAUAUCUGUGCCUCACACACAUAUUGUUGAAUCUGAAGAAACUACUGUUUCAGAGUCACACAUCAGCAAGGUGGAUAAGGCAGAACCACAUUCAGAAACUGUCACUUCGGAAAUUAUAUCAAGUGGAGAUUCUGAAGCACCAGGGAUUAAGGCUGUUCAUACCGAGUCAACUAGAUUUGUUGAAAAAUCAUCGGUUCAUUCAGUUACCUAUGAACCUCAGCAGUUUACUUUGCAGCCCACAUUCCAUCACAAACUUACCACACCAGAAAGUACUGUUGAAAUCUCAUCACUAGAAUACGCCCACAAAAGUACCAUGGUGGACGAUUUCAUUACCAAACGUACUGAUGUUGUUCGGGUACCAGCCCUGUCGACAAUGUCUGUGUCAGUGGAGGAAUCCCACGCUCCUGUUACCACAACGAAAGAUUUAUAUCAGUCCGGUGCAUAUGAGGAAAGCAGACCCGGGGAGGAGAUCACGACCGAACAUCGAUUGAUUCAGGAAUCUCAGUCUGUUCCAGAUGCAGUGACAAACGUCACGGAAUAUACCGACGAAGCAGUUUUUGUAAGUCAUGCAGGUGAGGCCAAGGAAAAGCAAGCUGAAUAUGUGAGUUACGUCCCAAGUCAACCGAUGGAAGAGCACAGUGAAGCACCUACAGCUGCUGCUUCGGGUUCUGAAAUGACAUCUGUGGAACUGGAUGGCAAAGUGGAUUUAACAAGUGGGUUAUCACUGAAUGAAUCUGUAGGUGUAACUGGAACGGUGCCGUCCACAGCUACUUCAGUUCCAAGUGCUCAAACAAAACAGGCUGAAGAAAUAAUCCACUUCUCUGAAUUUGGUCCAAAGGUAUCAUUUGAGACCCCAUCGCCAACAACUGUUGAGAGAAGAAAUGCCACGCACGAAAUAACUGCGGCCAUUGAGACUUCGGAAGCAAAACGUGAAGAUUAUAUUACCACAAUAAUAACGCCACCACAGGAAGUGUCAUCGACUGGUUUUAUGGCUCUGAGCAAAACUCACACAGCGGGACCAGUGCUAAUUAGUUACGAGGGACAAAAAGCUACACCCAAAGCUACGGUCCAGUAUACAUUUUCACCAGUGGAAAGCUCAACAGAUGUAAGCCAUCAGGAAACACCAGGGGUUGGUACAAUUAAAAUAACUCAGCUUGAGCAAACAAGUGAGGAAGUCGGUGUAAUCAGUCAACACACUGAAUUGGAUUCAACAGCCCCAUCAACAAUACACACUCAUAAAAAGGUUGAGCCAGGGAAAGCAAUGUCCCCUCACCCUGGCUUAGUAGAGGAGACUUCAACUCCUGAGUUCGAAAUACAAAGGACUGUCAAAUUGCAGACUGAGUCAGUUGCCGUCUCCCCGUCUAUGGAAGGAGAACAGAGACCGGGUUCGGGUGCGACAGAGAAAGCCACAGACAAACAUGAAAAAAAUGUGACGAGCUCUCAGACGUCGCAACCCAUUCACAUCAAAACGCCCGUCACUGCUGAUGCCACCAAGGCGCAGGUCAUUGUAACAUCGACUGAAGCACUGCCAACAGUACUAGCUCCUUCUGCCAAAUUAAAACCAGGUGGCUCGGUAGCAGAACAUGAAAUUAAAACCACAGCGAAACCUAGGCAGCCAGUAACAAGUGCAACUCCAAUUAUUAUUGAAUACGACCCUGAUGAGACUACAGCGGAUAAGAUUAUAAUUAUUGGUGAGUCAAAGACCUUGUCUCCUUCCAGCGUGGAGGUUGAUUUAUCUGACACAGUAUCACAACUGGAUAUUGAUCGCGAAUAUUUCACGACUCCAACACCCAGAACAAAGCUGGUGACGGCAGCCCCUAAGCCUUCGCUUGCAGCCCCUAAGCCUUCGCUUGCACACCCUAAGGCUACACAAAGGGCUCUGCAAGGCCAAACAUCUUCAGCCGUUUCAUCAUCAGCUACAGAUUCGCCAGUCCCAGUGGAACCUAAGGAACCGCAGAAGCCCGUGGCUAUCGAUGAAAAAUUAAUUGCUAACACAACUGCACAGAUGCAACCAUCAAUAACAGAUCUAGAGCUUGUAUCAGAAGCUGGAAAAACUCCAACAGAACCACUUUUAUUGCCACUCAAUCAAUCGACUGAAGGUGUGACACUGGGCACCAAGAUUCAUGUUGUGCACAUUCACAUUGAUGUCAGAGAGGAGGAGGUUGGAAUCACCGGCAGCGGAGAGCCUGACUUUACCAAAUUUCUCUUCCCGCAAGUCACCACAGCGGCUCCAGUGCAGGACGCUCAGCCAUCGCUCAGCUUUAUUAACGGGAAGACACAGAUAGAAUUUGAGCCGUCUUAUACUCGUGGUGAGGAAGCCAGGGGCGACCAAGUGGAAAGGGUAUCUCCUAGUAUAAGUGCCAUACCGGAUGAUGAAAGCAAGGAGGACUUCUUAACAAUUGAGAGUAGAACUGCUGAAAGUCAGGAACCAGGAAUCUCCACUGAGAGUUCAAAAACAGUUUCCAGUGUUAAAAGUCCAUCCGAAAGGCCCACGGUUACAGAAGAGCAGAGGAGAAUCCAAUCUAGUGUUGCUGGAGAACAUUGGGUCAUCUCGCCCGGAACGCAAGAUGCUCAAAAGACACCCAAACUGAUUUUCACCACAGAAUCAACGGAGGAAAAACCUCACCUCUUUGGGAUUGUUACAACUGCAUCAGAAGACGUUACUCCACGAAAAACUGAAACUGUGACCAGGACUGAAGACAUAAUUUCACAGGAAACAAUUGAUAAAGAAACUGUUGAGGCAUCUGUUGAAGGGUUGGAGCCGGUUUCUACUACAAUUCCAGGUGCCCCCCAUAAAACAACUAGCAAACCAAGGGAACCGGAACUAUAUUCAAGAACUUUGGAAAAAGAUGUAAAACAAGAAACAGCAACACCGAUUGAAAUGGACAUAGAAACCUUGUCCACAUCUGGACCUGGUGGAGAAAUGCUUAGUCCAUCACCGGUUACAAAGUCAGUUGUCCCUCCCGGUAUUGUUGUACCAUCUGCAACUGAGGGAGGUCGAGCCACGAUCCCUGAAAGGAAGCGAGAACAAACUGAAGCCGUCACAGAAUCAUAUGACGGCAGCGAGGGCAAAACAUCAAAACCAGAAGAAAGUACAGAGGAACUAAAACAUGAAGUAGGUUCUAUUACACCAAGCAAAUUAUCAAUACGCAGAACUGAAAUUGUAACCGACAAACCUGAAUGGGACUCUUCUAAAGUAACACAGCCUGUGGAGAAGAAAAUCCAUGACAUGGAGAAAAUUAAAGAAGCUACAAGCAUAGCCACGACAUUUACAGAGUUAGGUUCAGGUGAACCACUGAGUAAUGUUACAGUUGUUUUAACAUUCACAGAUGUGCCCACAGUGGUCGUUGAAAAGGAAACCUUACAGGCGCCUGUAUCAGUGACAACAAAAGCAGCGGGCGAGAGAAUUCCCGACGAUGCCCUCACAACGACUUUAGAUAAGCAAACUCACGCAGUUAGAUCGCAAACACCAUCAGUGAUAUCUGAGAGCAAAACCAGCCCUGAUAAAAUGGUUGUGGAAUCAACUGUGAAACAUCCAACAAUUGAGGUAUUGACAGAGAAAUCUCCAGUCAAAGAAGUAUCUCCUCAUGAUUUUGAGAGUUCUGGUGCAGGAAUGUUUACUGUCAGUCCUGAUGUUCACACACUUGAGGUGAGCAGCCAAGAGUCUCCAGUGACCAGCAGAACAUUAUUGGAUGAGGAAGCACUUCACAGUACUGUUCCAGCAGCAACUGAUCAAGACACUGGAACAUUUGCAUUACCUGACACACACACACACAGCGAAGGAUUGAUGGUAGAAGUCCAGACACAGGUGGAAGACAGGUCUGCAGCAACAGAUGUGGCCGGUGAGAAAGAAACCAGGUAUACACUUGAUUCAGUGACAGAAGGACUAGUCGAAGGAGAACGCCCUGUCACUGCUACUCCAGUAAUGAAAACAAAGUUACAAGAAUCCACAUCAGAAGCACCAUCAGUGAUCACCGAGAUCAAAACCAUCCCAGAGAAAGUGGUUGUGACAUCAACUGUGAAAUCUCCAGCAACUGUGGAAACGGAGAUAACAGAGAAAGUUUCAAUCAAACUGCCACCUUCUCCUGAAGUUGAGAUUCCUGGUGAAGGGUUAAUAACUUCCAAACCAAUUGUUCAAUUUGGUCCUGAUUUUUCAACAUUAGAAAUGAGCUCUACUCUUUUACCAGUAACUAGUAAAACUCUGGUCGACACAAAAACUCUUCAAAGCACUGUUUCUGUUACACGUGAGACUGAGGUGGAAUUUUCUGGAUCUGGUUCGUGGGAGGUACCAACAGAGAAGGAUGGUUUGUUGGUUAAAGUGCACACACAGACCACAGACAAGUCUGCAUCAACAGUCGUGGUUGGCGAUAAGGAAACCAGAUACACGUUAGUUUCAAUCACCAGUGACAGGGAAGAGGGAACUCCCUUUGAUACCACUAUGCCGGCAAUUGGAAAAACAUCUGAAGAAUCUUCAACAGAAGCAUCAUCAGUCAUCGCCGAGGGUAUAACAAUCCCAGAGGGAGAGGUUCUGGAGUCAACUGUGAAAUUUCCAGCAAUGCGAGGGACAGAGAAGGUUUUAGUCAAACUGCCCUCUUUACCCGAUGUUGAGAGUUCUGGUGAAGGAAUGUUUACUAUCAGACCCACUGGCCGGGUUGACCCUCAUGUUUCCACACUGGAGAUGAGCAGCCAAGAAUCUCCUGUGACAAGCAGAACUUCAUUGGAUGAGGAAGCUCUUCACAGUGCUGUUCCAGCAGCAACUGAUCAAGACACUGGACUAGUCACAUCUGCAUUACCUGACACACACACACACAGCGAAGGAUUGAUGGUAAAAGUCCAGACACAGGUGGAAGACAGGUCUGCAGCAACAGAUGUGGCCGGUGAGAAAGAAACCAGGUAUACACUUGAUUCAGUGACAGAAGGACUAGUCGAAGGAGAACGCCCUGUCACUGCUACUCCAGUAAUGAAAACAAAGUUACAAGAAUCCACAUCAGAAGCACCAUCAGUGAUCACCGAGAUCAAAACCAUCCCAGAGAAAGUGGUUGUGACAUCAACUGUGAAAUCUCCAGCAACUGUGGAAACGGAGAUAACAGAGAAAGUUUCAAUCAAACUGCCACCUUCUCCUGAAGUUGAGAUUCCUGGUGAAGGGUUAAUAACUUCCAAACCAAUUGUUCAAUUUGGUCCUGAUUUUUCAACAUUAGAAAUGAGCUCUACUCUUUUACCAGUAACUAGUAAAACUCUGGUCGACACAAAAACUCUUCAAAGCACUGUUUCUGUUACACGUGAGACUGAGGUGGAAUUUUCUGGAUCUGGUUCGUGGGAGGUACCAACAGAGAAGGAUGGUUUGUUGGUUAAAGUGCACACACAGACCACAGACAAGUCUGCAUCAACAGUCGUGGUUGGCGAUAAGGAAACCAGAUACACGUUAGUUUCAAUCACCAGUGACAGGGAAGAGGGAACUCCCUUUGAUACCACUAUGCCGGCAAUUGGAAAAACAUCUGAAGAAUCAUCAACAGAAGCAUCAUCAGUCAUCGCCGAGGGUAUAACAAUCCCAGAGGGAGAGGUCCUGGAGUCAACUGUGAAAUUUCCAGCAAUGCGGGGAACGGAGAAGGUUUUAGUCAAACUGCCCACUUUACCCGAUGUUGAGAGUUCUGGUGAAGGAAUGUUUACUAUCAGACCCACUGGCCAGGUUGACCCUCAUGUUUCCACACUGGAGAUGAGCAGCCAAGAAUCUCCUGUGACAAGCAGAACUUCAUUGGAUGAGGAAGCUCUUCACAGUGCUGUUCCAGCAGCAACUGAUCAAGACACUGGAACAUUUGCAUUACCUGACACACACACACACAGCGAAGGAUUGAUGGUAAAAGUCCAGACACAGGUGGAAGACAGGUCUGCAGCAACAGAUGUGGCCGGUGAGAAAGAAACCAGGUAUACACUUGAUUCAGUGACAGAAGGACUAGUCGAAGGAGAACGCCCUGUCACUGCUACUCCAGUAAUGAAAACAAAGUUACAAGAAUCCACAUCAGAAGCACCAUCAGUGAUCACCGAGAUCAAAACAAUCCCAGAGAAAGUGGUUGUGACAUCAACUGUGAAAUCUCCAGCAACUGUGGAAACGGAGAUAACAGAGAAAGUUUCAAUCAAACUGCCACCUUCUCCUGAAGUUGAGAUUCCUGGUGAAGGGUUAAUAACUUCCAAACCAAUUGUUCAAUUUGGUCCUGAUUUUUCAACAUUAGAAAUGAGCUCUACUCUUUUACCAGUAACUAGUAAAACUCUGGUCGACACAAAAACUCUUCAAAGCACUGUUUCUGUUACACGUGAGACUGAGGUGGAAUUUUCUGGAUCUGGUUCGUGGGAGGUACCAACAGAGAAGGAUGGUUUGUUGGUUAAAGUGCACACACAGACCACAGACAAGUCUGCAUCAACAGUCGUGGUUGGCGAUAAGGAAACCAGAUACACGUUAGUUUCAAUCACCAGUGACAGGGAAGAGGGAACUCCCUUUGAUACCACUAUGCCGGCAAUUGGAAAAACAUCUGAAGAAUCUUCAACAGAAGCAUCAUCAGUCAUCGCCGAGGGUAUAACAAUCCCAGAGGGAGAGGUUCUGGAGUCAACUGUGAAAUUUCCAGCAAUGCGGGGAACGGAGAAGGUUUUAGUCAAACUGCCAUCUUUACCCGAUGUUGAGAGUUCUGGUGAAGGAAUGUUUACUAUCAGACCCACUGGCCGGGUUGACCCUCAUGUUUCCACACUGGAGAUGAGCAGCCAAGAAUCUCCAGUGACAAGCAGAACUUCAUUGGAUGAGGAAGCUCUUCACAGUGCUGUUCCAGCAGCAACUGAUCAAGACACUGGACUAGUCAUAUCUGGCUCACCUGACACACACACACGCACUGAUGGUUUGAUGGUAAAAGUCCAGACACAGGUGGAAGACAGGUCUGCAGCAACAGAUGUGGCCGGUGAGAAAGAAACCAGGUAUACACUUGAUUCAGUGACAGAAGGACUAGUCGAAGGAGAACGCCCUGUCACUGCUACUCCAGUAAUGAAAACAAAGUUACAAGAAUCCACAUCAGAAGCACCAUCAGUGAUCACCGAGAUCAAAACCAUCCCAGAGAAAGUGGUUGUGACAUCAACUGUGAAAGCUCCAGCAACUGUGGAAACGGAGAUAACAGAGAAAGUUUCAAUCAAACUGCCACCUUCUCCUGAAGUUGAGAUUCCUGGUGAAGGGUUAAUAACUUCCAAACCAAUUGUUCAAUUUGGUCCUGAUUUUUCAACAUUAGAAAUGAGCUCUACUCUUUUACCAGUAACUAGUAAAACUCUGGUCGACACAAAAACUCUUCAAAGCACUGUUUCUGUUACACGUGAGACUGAGGUGGAAUUUUCUGGAUCUGGUUCGUGGGAGGUACCAACAGAGAAGGAUGGUUUGUUGGUUAAAGUGCACACACAGACCACAGACAAGUCUGCAUCAACAGUCGUGGUUGGCGAUAAGGAAACCAGAUACACGUUAGUUUCAAUCACCAGUGACAGGGAAGAGGGAACUCCAUUUGAUACCACUAUGUCGGCAAUUGGAAAAACAUCUGAAGAAUCUUCAACAGAAGCAUUAUCAGUCAUCGCCGAGGGUAUAACAAUCCCAGAGGGAGAGGUUCUGGAGUCAACUGUGAAAUUUCCAGCAAUGCGAGGGACAGAGAAGGUUUUAGUCAAACUGCCCUCUUUACCCGAUGUUGAGAGUUCUGGUGAAGGAAUGUUUACUAUCAGACCCACUGGCCGGGUUGACCCUCAUGUUUCCACACUGGAGAUGAGCAGCCAAGAAUCUCCAGUGACAAGCAGAACUUCAUUGGAUGAGGAAGCUCUUCACAGUGCUGUUCCAGAAUCAACUGAUCAAGACACUGGACUAGUCACAUCUGGAUCACCUGACACACACACACGCACUGAUGGAUUGAUGGUAAAAGUCCAGACACAGGUGGAAGACAGGUCUGCAGCAACAGAUGUGGCCGGUGAGAAAGAAACCAGGUAUACACUUGAUUCAGUGACAGAAGGACUAGUCGAAGGAGAACGCCCUGUCACUGCUACUCCAGUAAUGAAAACAAAGUUACAAGAAUCCACAUCAGAAGCACCAUCAGUGAUCACCGAGAUCAAAACCAUCCCAGAGAAAGUGGUUGUGACAUCAACUGUGAAAUCUCCAGCAACUGUGGAAACGGAGAUAACAGAGAAAGUUUCAAUCAAACUGCCACCUUCUCCUGAAGUUGAGAGUCCUGGUGAAGGGUUAAUAACUUCCAAACCAAUUGUUCAAUUUGGUCCUGAUUUUUCAACAUUAGAAAUGAGCUCUACUCUUUUACCAGUAACUAGUAAAACUCUGGUCGACACAAAAACUCUUCAAAGCACUGUUUCUGUUACACGUGAGACUGAGGUGGAAUUUUCUGGAUCUGGUUCGUGGGAGGUACCAACAGAGAAGGAUGGUUUGUUGGUUAAAGUGCACACACAGACCACAGACAAGUCUGCAUCAACAGUCGUGGUUGGCGAUAAGGAAACCAGAUACACGUUAAUUUCAAUCACCAGUGACAGGGAAGAGGGAACUCCAUUUGAUACCACUAUGUCGGCAAUUGGAAAAACAUCUGAAGAAUCUUCAACAGAAGCAUUAUCAGUCAUCGCCGAGGGUAUAACAAUCCCAGAGGGAGAGGUUCUGGAGUCAACUGUGAAAUUUCCAGCAAUGCGAGGGACAGAGAAGGUUUUAGUCAAACUGCCCUCUUUACCCGAUGUUGAGAGUUCUGGUGAAGGAAUGUUUACUAUCAGACCCACUGGCCGGGUUGACCCUCAUGUUUCCACACUGGAGAUGAGCAGCCAAGAAUCUCCAGUGACAAGCAGAACUUCAUUGGAUGAGGAAGCUCUUCACAGUGCUGUUCCAGCAGCAACUGAUCAAGACACUGGACUAGUCACAUCUGGAUCACCUGACACACACACACGCACUGAUGGAUUGAUGGUAGAAGCCCAGACACAGGUGGAAGACAGGUCUGCAGCAACAGAUGUGGCCGGUGAGAAAGAAACCAGGUAUACACUUGAUUCAGUGACAGAAGGACUAGUCGAAGGAGAACGCCCUGUCACUGCUACUCCAGUAAUGAAAACAAAGUUACAAGAAUCCACAUCAGAAGCACCAUCAGUGAUCACCGAGAUCAAAACCAUCCCAGAGAAAGUGGUUGUGACAUCAACUGUGAAAUCUCCUGCAACUGUGGAAACGGAGAUAACAGAGAAAGUUUCAAUCAAACUGCCACCUUCUCCUGAAGUUGAGAUUCCUGGUGAAGGGUUAAUAACUUCCAAACCAAUUGUUCAAUUUGGUCCUGAUUUUUCAACAUUAGAUAUGAGCUCUACUCUUUUACCAGUAACUAGUAAAACUCUGGUCGACACAAAAACUCUUCAAAGCACUGUUUCUGUUACACGUGAGACUGAGGUGGAAUUUUCUGGAUCUGGUUCGUGGGAGGUACCAACAGAGAAGGAUGGUUUGUUGGUUAAAGUGCACACACAGACCACAGACAAGUCUGCAUCAACAGUCGUGGUUGGCGAUAAGGAAACCAGAUACACGUUAGUUUCAAUCACCAGUGACAGGGAAGAGGGAACUCCCUUUGAUACCACUAUGCCGGCAAUUGGAAAAACAUCUGAAGAAUCUUCAACAGAAGCAUCAUCAGUCAUCGCCGAGGGUAUAACAAUCCCAGAGGGAGAGGUUCUGGAGUCAACUGUGAUAUUUCCAGCAAUGCGAGGGACAGAGAAAGUUUUAGUCAAACUGCCCUCUUUACCCGAUGUUGAGGUUCUGGUGAAGGAAUGUUUACUAUCAGACCCACUGGCCGGGUUGACCCUCAUGUUUCCACACUGGAGAUGA